GUUUCCCGGCGUGCUUCGGGCCCGCCAAAUGGGAGGGGGAGACGCAAGAUGGCGGCAGCCACGAAUUCCGGCUCCAGCCUCCCGCUGUUCGACUGCCCGACUUGGGCAGGUAAACCCCCACCUGGAUUACAUCUGGAUGUAGUCAAAGGAGACAAAUUAAUUGAGAAACUGAUUAUUGAUGAGAAGAAAUAUUACUUAUUUGGGAGAAACCCUGAUUUGUGUGACUUUACCAUUGAUCACCAGUCUUGCUCUCGGGUUCACGCUGCCUUGGUCUACCACAAGCAUCUGAAGAGAGUUUUCCUAAUAGAUCUCAACAGUACACACGGCACUUUCUUGGGUCACAUUCGGUUGGAACCUCACAAGCCUCAGCAAAUUCCCAUCGAUUCCACAGUCUCAUUUGGUGCAUCCACAAGGGCAUACACUCUACGUGAGAAGCCUCAGACAUUGCCAUCGGCUGUGAAAGGAGAUGAGAAGAUGGGUGGAGAGGAUGAUGAACUCAAGGGCUUACUGGGGCUUCCAGAGGAGGAAACCGAACUUGAUAACCUGACAGAGUUCAACACUGCCCACAACAAGCGGAUUUCCACUCUCACCAUUGAGGAGGGGAAUCUGGAUAUUCAGAGACCAAAGAGGAAGAGGAAGAACUCACGGGUGACUUUCAGUGAGGAUGAUGAGAUCAUCAACCCAGAGGAUGUGGAUCCCUCAGUUGGACGCUUCCGAAACAUGGUACAGACUGCAGUGGUCCCUGUAAAGAAGAAGCGGGUGGAGGGCCCUGGCUCCCUGGGCCUGGAAGAAUCGGGGAGCAGGCGCAUACAGAACUUUGCAUUCAGUGGAGGACUCUAUGGGGGCCUGCCCCCCACCCACAGUGAAGCCGGCUCCCAGCCACAUGGCAUCCAUGGGACAGCACUCAUCGGUGGUUUGCCCAUGCCAUACCCGAACCUUGCCCCUGAUGUGGACUUGACUCCUGUUGUGCCAUCAGCAGUGAACAUGAAUCCCGCACCAAACCCUGCAGUCUAUAUCCCUGACACUGUCAACGAACCCAAGAAGAAGAAAUAUGCAAAAGAAGCUUGGCCGGGCAAGAAGCCCACACCUUCCUUACUGAUUUGAUAUUUUUGGUCAUGGAGAAGGGUGGGAUUGGGUGGGAAUUGGGUGGAAGGGUGAUGGGGGAGCUAAUGAACUAGGGAGAAAAAUUUUACAUGUGUGCAGUAUCGUCUUUCAGAAUGUCUCCUGGGGUCUUAACCAUGUAAUAGCAAAACGGGGUGGGGUGGGGUUGAAGUAUCUAUCCCCUAAAGACUGGUCUUCAGAACACUUGUAGUGUAGAGAAAUGUUUCGUACAUCCUUUUAAAUAGAUGCCCUGGCACCUCCCAGGCCUUCCAUGACCUUUUUCUUUCCAGGAUUAUUUUUAUUUAAACUCGUGUACCCCAGGGAGAGACUCCAGGCCCUCAGGUUGAACUCAGAGCUGGGGAGGUGACAGUCGCAUCACCAGCCUUGUGGGUCCAGCAGCCUAAUUUAUAUUUACUAUCCCUGUGUCCCACAUAGCAACUGGGUUGCCAUGGAUCUGAGGUUGAUCAAAAAGAGGGUUUCGAAUUCUUCAGUGAAGCUAAAGUUUAAACUCAAAAAUGGUUUCCUGCUUCAGUGUCUUUGAGGUCCAAUAGUUAGGCUUUUCUUUUUUGUCCUUUCUGUUGGAAUGAAAACAUUUUGAUUGUUGUCUGUGACCAGUGCCAUGGGCACUGGUUGAUGGUUUUAAACUUACUAAUUUGUUUGAACUUGACCUGUUUUUCUUGUCAAACCUGAGUACUCUACUUGCUGAAGUUUCUCAUUUGAUUCCAGAGUGCUGUCUACUCUCUAAUGCUUUAUUUUCCUUUCAAGUGUGUUAUGAAGGCAAUUUUUAAAGGAUUUGACCAGUUACAACAAUUCCAGUUAAAAAGGAAAAGAUUUUACUUUGCAAGUAACUAAUGUCUUUAAGAAGACAUUUUUAGAUGUUGGUUCAGAGGCUCUUUCCCCCCCUUGAGAGCUCUUGUUAUCCAGAGCUGUAAGACUAGACCUGGCUAACGAACAUAGGAGACGAAGGUAGGAAACAUUGAUAAGAGCUUUGUACAGAGAUUUGUACAUUUGUGUAAUAGGCCUUUUCACGCUUUAUGUGUAGCUUUUUACCUGUAACCUUUAUUACAUUGUAAAUUAAACGUAACUUUUUGUCAUU